GUCUGUCUGUCUUGUCUUGCCUGCCUGCCUGUCUGUCUGCCUGCCUGUCUGUCUGCCUGUCUGUCUGCCCAUGGGGCUCCGGCGGUGCGUCUCCUUCCUCAAACCCGCGUCUCGAGUUCUCUCUUCGGCAUCGCGCAGGCGGACGCACGGAGCCGCUGACAACAUGGCGGAAGAGGCGAAGAAACUGGCCGCUUACGCCGCCGUGGACAACCACGUCCAGAACAACCAGGUGGUUGGAGUUGGCAGCGGAUCAACCAUCGUCUACGCUGUGGACAGAUUAGCUGAGCGAGUGCGUCAGGAGAAACUCAACGUCGUGUGCGUGCCGACCUCCUUCCAGGCCCGUCAGCUGAUUCUGCAGCACGGCCUCACGCUGUCGGACCUGGACCGGCACCCAGAGCUGGACGUGGCGAUCGACGGAGCGGACGAAGUGGACGCCGACCUCACGCUGAUAAAAGGCGGAGGCGGCUGCCUGACGCAGGAGAAGAUCGUGGCCGGCUGCGCGAAGCACUUCGUCGUCAUCGCCGACUACAGGAAGGACUCGAAGGCUCUGGGCCAGCAGUGGAGGAAGGGCGUCCCCAUCGAGGUGAUCCCCAUGGCGCACGUCCCCGUCUCCAGGACGAUAGCCAAGCGCUUCGGGGGGGAGGCCAACCUGCGCAUGGCCGUCAGCAAGGCAGGUCCCGUGGUCACUGACAACAGCAACUUCAUCCUGGACUGGAAGUUUGAGCGCGCUGACAACUGGAAGGAGGUCAACACGGCGAUCAAGAUGAUUCCAGGCGUGGUGGAGACGGGCCUCUUCGUCGGCAUGGCGGAGCGGGCUUACUUCGGGAUGGAGGACGGCAGCGUGCAGGUCCGAGAUCCCCGGGUCAACUGAGGACCUCCUGGAGCCACUUCUUCUCAAAUGAACUCACAAGUGCCGUGUUCAUGACAGCUUCACGACUGGACAAGCGCCGUCUGUGGGAACCUCUGACACAUCUGCAAACAAGUCAUUGCUGAGGAUCGCUUGGGUUUUCUCAUCCUGCAGCUGGUGCUUCCGCCACCGUGCGUUUCCAAAGUGCCUGAUGAGCGAAGUCAAGUGCAUCUGAUUAUUCUUAUUUUCCGUUUAGCUGCCCGGUCUCACUGGGAAUGUUGUCCCGUCCUGGCGGGUUUGACUGUGCUGUGGUGAAUGAAACCAAGGAGUGCCUUCAGAUUAUACUUGGCAGUAUUUUUUAAGAGAAAUGAUGCAAUUUAAAUUUACAAUAAAAAUCUCACAAGCCAAACUAUUGUCCCACACUGUGCUGAACGCAGAAAAGUGAAGUAAUGUGUGAAGUGUGCUACAACAUCAAUCAAUCAAUCCCGCUUUUCAUUAAAUGCAUUUAUGAAAUUAUUAUGCUCAUUUAAACCGGAAAAAACAAACCAAAAUGAAUGUGUUAUUAAUGAGCACAGAGGUUAGAUGGGUGUGGACAUAGCGUGCAUUGUGUCACAUGAGAUUCAUUAAGGCUUUGUGUGUGUGUGUGUGUGUGUGUGUGUCCCCCUCUCCUGGGCUGUUGAAUUUGAUCACAUGACGGUAACCGUUGCCAUACCGCGACGUCCUGAGCGGGGAGCGUUUGGGUUGAGUCGCUCUGUCGAGUUGAACUAGUCCCUGGAUGUGUGCGUUUCCUCCUGCAUGACGCGCCGCGUUGGCCGGCUUUUGUGCCUCUUCGGUUACUUUGUAGUCGACAUGUUUUUCCCUACACAAGCCGUCUGUGGCCAUUAACUUGAGGUGAUGUGACCCGAGCGUUGAACGUGCCGACGCAUCACACGUAGCAACAUACCUUCAUCAUGCUGCUGGAACCAGAAGGAUCUUUGAGGCUCUGAAACAAAUGUGAGAUGCGUUUCACCUCGUCUCACCUGUCACUGAAUCUUCCCUUCUAAUCGUUUCAAGAAUUCAAAGUCUUAAAAGAAAGCAGUGCCGUGCACGUUUGAAUGUGUUCUAUUAAAGUCUAGUUGUUCACUUAUAAAACAAACGGAUGAUUUGAUGUGGUAUCAGACUCGGUUGAACUUGUACAACACAAGUAUUUGUUAUUCACCAGCAUUUCUCUUUAUUACUUUCUUUACCAAUUGACUGUGGUUAUCACUUUGCUGUAACGGUACUAUUUGUAGACCAAUACAAAACCAUGACAACAGACA